AUGUCCGGACUCGAAGGUAUAUUAGCCAUCACCUCCUUGGUCUUACAAGUCGUCUCCGCCACCGACAAAGUCAUCGCCGUCUUCGAAAAGGCCCAGAAUGCUCCGACCGAGCUCGGCCAGCUCCGGGCCUCCCUCCUGCGCCUCUCCCGGCACUUUGACAUGCUGAGAGCCGCCGGGCGCGCGCACAUCCACGCCGACGACGCCGGCGACGUGCACCGGACGCUUAGGGAGUGCAAGGCGCUUUUCGACGGCUAUGAUGUGGCGAGGGCGCGGAGCUCCGUGCAUCAGGUCGCGUGGGGUACGCAGCAUAGCGCGCAAGUUGGGCUUUGCCAGGCCCGUGUCGAUCGGCUCUUUACGCAGAUCGUGCUCCCGCUGUGGCUUGAGACUAGUACAUAUCGCCUCGGUCCAGCACAACAUCUCGAACCCGUAACUCCUGAGAUCAAAGGUAAAGAAAGGGAGGAAUCUCCCCAAAGCACGCGUCCGUUUGUAUCACCCCAACAUCUUGAAGAGCUCUCCCGCGCAAUCGAGCAGCUGCAAUCAGAGCAAGAACGAGGCGACGUCGAAAGCAACACAGAUCAGCUGUACCAGGCUCUUCGCGAAUGUUGGGCCGACAUGGGUCUCGACGUCAAUCAGCUUUCCGAGAUUGCAGGUUAUCAAGAGCUUCGUCGGAACUCGACGGUCGCUUUCGAGAUGGCACCCGCAACGCUGAAGAUUGAAGCGGCAGAGAAGGCGAGCGGACAUCGAAGGAUCGAGCUAGAGCGCGUCCACGUCAUGGCGCGGGAUAGUGAAUCUAGGAUCCUCCUCUACCAGAGCCGAGAUGGAUCAAUCCAAGUAACGCAGAUUGUCCAGUUCGGAUGUAUACCGUGGACGUCCUCCCGAACCUCGACCCGCGUAUCCUUCCUCCACCCCAGCGUCGUCACCGUCAUAGACAAGAACGGGUAUCACAUCUACGACACCGACCCCAAGUACCACUUUCGCGAUCUCGACGCUUCUCACCGGUUCCAGGAGACCUUGAGGGAAAGGCGCCAUCUCGGUGCCUUUGACUUUGUCAACUUGAAAUCUAAUGGCGUCGUGCUCGCCCGGCGCCAGGUUAUCCGAUUCUGGACGGAUCUAAACAAGAGACACAUGGAGCUGGACCUAUCAAGAUACGACAGAGAAGCCGAGUUCUACAUCUCUUCUGCGCGAUAUCCCCUCAGAAAGCCGCUUGAGACAGAUACCAUUAUUAUCAAGGCUAGCCUCCACUCCUCCCAUGGAGUCAUCCGCAUGCAAUUUGAGUCCCUUCAGGGUGUCAUAUCGGAUGGCCUGCACCACAACGCUGCGGCCCAUAUUGCGGCUCUUUGUCGCCAGACACUGAUGGUUAUGACCGAGAUGAAUUUAUCGUUCAAGCCCUAUGCCCGAAGGAUGACGUCUCGAGACUGA